CUAGUCUAAAUGCUUCCUUGGGCCGCGGCCUCCAAUUCUUACGCUGCCUUUCCCGCUCUGCCCUAAAACAAGUCUCAACUGACAAUAGCCCCUCCGCCUCCGUUUUCUCCGCCACCGCACCUCCCUGAACUGAAGCGGAGAGGGAGCUACAUAACAAUCAACCAAAAGAAAUGUCAGCAAAAUGGCGGGCAUUGCAGCACAGGCACCGUUACACGUACAACGCAGUCAUAUUCCCUUCGUCUUUCACAGACUUCUUAUCUCAAUCUCCUUUGCACUUAAACCCUAAAUCUUUGUCCUUCUUCACCGAACUCAGUAGCCUAAAUUCGCUUACUUCAAUCUACUCUCAAGUAACCCAUGCCAAAAAUCUCGCCUCCUCUUACUCCCACUUGUUAUCGUCCUUAAUAAAUGGAGAUGAAGGUGAUUUAUCUCUUUUAAAAGUUGCUUCGCGGUGUUAUUUACAGGUUUUGUUUUUGGAAAAUUCUCUGCCCUUGCAUCGAACUUUAGUUUCUGCUUUAUCGAAGGUUAAUAACAGAGAUUACCAGUUUUUGAUUGGUAAGUGUUUUAGGGAGCUUUGUGAGGAGUAUGAUAGUAAAGCGAAAGGGAAUAAGAGCCAACGGUUUUGUUUAUCGAGAGUGGCUUUGUCUGUUCUGGGUAUGCCAAAGUUAGGGUAUUUGAUGGAUAUUAUUGAAGAUUGUGCCGUUUUGGUAGCUUGGGAUAUCAUUUUUGGGUUGGAUAGUGUAGUUUCGGAGACUCAGGAAUGGGCUAGGCCGUCUCCAAUUAUUAUGGAGCAAUGUCAAGAGGCUUUGUCUUGUUCUUAUUACUUGCUUCAGCGGUUUCCGAGGAGGUUUAAGGAGGAUUUCAAUGGUUUUGAUGGUGAAGAAUUGAAUGUUAUGGAGAGGAUUUUAAGGGUUUUGAUUAGUGUUUUGAAAUCAACGGCUUUUUCCAGAGAUUGUUUUGUGGCUGCUGGGGUAAGCUUAUGUGCUGCUUUGCAAGUGUGUCUUAGUGCAGAAGAGCUUGGUUUGGUUAUUAUUAAAGGUAUAUUUAAUCAAAGUUACUGUAGUUUUCGCGGCCAAAAUUUUGGUACUGGGUUGAAGGAUGUUAUUUUGAAGGUUCCGUAUAAAGGGGAUUUGCUGUCUGAAAUAUAUAGUUUUUCUGUUUUAAGUAGAUUGUGCUUGAUCAGAGGAAUCCUUACUGCUGUUUCAAGGACAGUAUUAAAUUUCCAUUUUGUUGUAUCAAGUAAUAAUAUGAAUAGCCAUGAAGAAAAUGGAAUUUGCUCAAGUUCUGUUAAGACCAUUUUGUAUGAUGGGAUUUUGCCUGAGCUAUGUAACUAUUGUGAGAAUCCUAUUGACAGCCAUUUUAAUUUUCACGGAUUGACUGUGAUGCAAAUUUGUUUGCAACAGAUGAAGACCUCAAUGUUAGCUAAUCUAACUGAUCCAUCAAAUAAUUAUGAUCCUGUCCCGGAGGAAAUAGGGACACGCAUACUGAGGAUCAUAUGGAAUAACUUAGAAGAUCCUUUAAGUCAAACAGUGAAACAAGUUCAUCAGAUUUUUGAUCUCUUCCUAGACAUUCAAUCAACUCUUCACAUGGACGAGGGUAGUAAGAGGAUAAAAACAUUUCUGCAAAAAAUUGCUAUGGACCUUUUACGACUAGGCUCACGUUGUAAGGGGAGAUAUAUUCCUUUAGCUUUGUUGACUAAGCGGCUGGGACCAAAAGCUAUGUUAGAAAUGAGUCCUGAUCUGCUUUUUGAAACUGUACAUGCCUACAUUGAUGAUGACGUGUGCUGUGCUGCGACAACGUUCUUGAAAUGUUUCCUUGAGUACUUGCGUGAUGAGUGCUGGAACAACAAUGGUGUUGAGAAAGGAUAUGAAGUUUAUAGAGGGCAUUGCUUGCCCCCAUUUCUAUAUGGGCUUGCAUCUGGGGUUUCAAAGCUUCGCUCAAAUCUGAACACUUAUGCUCUACCAGUUUUACUAGAAGUUGAUGUAGAUAGCAUAUUUCCUAUGCUGUCUUUUAUCUCAGUUGGACCUAGUGAAGCGGAGAAUAUACUGUCAUCACCUGAGAUUGGCUCUGCAAACAUGCAACUGUCAGUUGAGCAGAAAGUGGCUAUUUUUGUCUCUUUGCUUAAGGUAUGCCGUUCACUUGCUUUGAUUGAAGGGGAAAUUGAUUUAUGUGACACUUCAGCCGCACUUGCAACAGAAUAUGGACUACGAACAGAUAUUAUGGAUCUUUAUGCUUUUGUCUGCAUAAAAGGGGUAAAGGUUAAGGUCCUUGUUGAAUGGCUAGUGCUGGCAUUGACCCAUUCUGAUGAGUUGCUGCGUGUAGAUACUGCAGAAUCCCUCUUUUUAAACCCCAAGACAGCUAGUCUUCCUUCCCAUUUAGAAUUGACUCUUUUGAAAAAAGCUUUUCCACUAAAUAUGAGAAGUUGCUCUUCAGGUUUCCAGAUGAAGUGGACCAGCUUGUUUAGAAAGUUCUUUUCCCGAGUUCGAACAGCCUUGGAAAGACAGUUUAAGAAUGGGAGCUGGCAGCCCCAUAUGAACAACCAUAAUAAUGAAUCGCACUCAACUAUGGAAACUGAAGAAGCUGUAAUUAAAAGGGCAGGGGAUCUUUUUAAUUUUAUGAGAUGGUUGGGUUGUUUUCUAUUCUUCUCAUGCUAUCCCUCUGCUCCUUACAAAAGAAAAAUAAUGGCCAUGGAGCUCAUACUGAUAAUGCUUAAUAUUUGGUCUAUAGUACCUUCUUCUCAAGACAAAUGUGAUUCCAAUGCUCUUGAAAGCUGUCUCUCUCCUUACAGCAGAGAAAUAACUUUACCUGAUUCAACUUUGUUGUUAGUUGGAUCUAUUAUUGAUAGUUGGGACAGGUUGAGAGAGAAUUCUUUUCGCAUAUUGCUAUAUUUUCCUACCCCACUUCCUGGCAUUUCAAGUGAGGACAUGGUCCAGAAAGUGAUUGCAUGGGCUAAGAACCUAGUUUGCAGUCCACGUGUGAGAGAAAGUGAUGCUGGGGCUCUGACUUUAAGGCUUAUAUUCAGGAAGUAUGUCUUGGAUCUAGGAUGGAUUGUCAGAGCCUCUGCUGAUGUCAUAUGUUUUCAAUAUAAAUAUGGAUUGGUCAAUGGAGAUAGUCAAACAAUCAACUAUAGGCCUCCUGUAGUAGAGUAUGUAAGAUCACUUAUUGAUUGGUUGAGCGAUGCUGUGGAGGAAGGGGAGAGGGAUCUUUCUGAAGCUUGCAAAAGCAGCUUUGUUCAUGGUGUAUUGCUUACUCUACGAUAUACAUUUGAUGAAUUGGAUUGGAAUUCUGAUGCUGUCAUGUCUAGCAUUUCGGAGAUGCGAGUAGCGUUGGAGAAUCUCUUGGGAUUGGUUAUGCGAAUUACUUCAUUAGCACUUUGGGUGGUUUCUGCAGAUGCUUGGUAUCUCCCUGACAUAGAUGAAAUGGCUGAUGAUGAUUCUUACUUGAUGGAUGAAGUGGAUAUGGUAAGAUCAUCAGAAAAUGGGGACAGUGAUUCAAAAGCUGGGCAGGAUAGCAGAACAUCAGAACAGAUUGUCAUGGUUGGUUGUUGGCUGGCUAUGAAAGAGGUGAGUCUUCUUCUAGGAACCAUCAUAAGAAAAAUACCUUUACCAAGUAAUAGUUGCUUAGAUGCACUAGAGGCCCCUGUUUCUGGUCCCAUUGAUGCCUCAACAUUGAAAAUCUCCAAUGCAAUACUUGAUGUGAGACAACUUGAAGAAAUUGGGAACCACUUCUUGGAAGUCCUUUUGAAGAUGAAGCAUAACGGUGCAAUUGAUAAGACAAGGGCUGGAUUCACAGCUCUUUGUAACCGUUUACUUUGCUCCAAUGACCCUAGACUUUGUAAAUUGACAGAAUCCUGGAUGGAGCAACUUAUGAAAAGAACUGUGUCUAAGGGACAAAUUGUGGAUGAUUUGUUGAGGAGAAGUGCAGGUAUUCCUGCAGCAUUUAUUGCUCUGUUUCUCUCAGAACCUGAAGGGGCACCAAAGAAGCUUCUCCCACGUGCUUUACGUUGGCUAAUAGAUGUAGCUAACAGCUCUUUUCUGGGUCCGGUGGAUGCCAAGGAUGCAAAUGCCAACUCAUGCAAGUUUUCAUUAACAAAAUCAGACCAAGAACUUGAUUCUGCAAAACCAUUUGAGAUGCAUGUGAUGGAAAGUACUUCAAAGAUCCGGGAUGAGGGUGUAAUUCCAACUGUACAUGCAUUUAAUGUUCUUAGAGCUGCUUUCAAUGACACAAACCUGGCUACUGAUACAUCUGGUUUUGCUGCGGAAUCAUUGAUCGUUUCAAUUCGUUCUUUCUCUUCUCCAUACUGGGAGGUCAGAAACAGUGCAUGUCUAGCAUAUACUGCCUUGGUAAGACGCAUGAUAGGAUUCCUGAAUGUUCAAAAACGAGAAUCUGCACGCCGUGCAUUGACUGGGCUCGAAUUUUUUCACAGGUAUCCAUCGUUACAUCCAUUCUUUUACAAUGAACUGAAAGUUGCAACUGAUCUGCUUAUGGAUACAACCCUUGGCCAUUCGGGAUCCAACCUAGCAAAGGUUGUCCACCCAAGCUUGUGCCCUAUGUUGAUUCUGUUAUCCAGACUCAAGCCUUCAACAAUUGCAAGUGAGAGUGGAGAUGAUCUUGAUCCUUUCCUCUUUAUGCCAUUCAUCAGGAGGUGUUCAACUCAGAGCAACCUUCGAAUUCGUGUUCUUGCAUCUAAAGCUUUAAUUGGCCUUGUAUCCAAUGAGAAACUUCCAAUUGUCCUUUUGAAUAUUGCUUCUGAAUUGCCUUGCAUGGAUAAUCAAAUCACAGCUACUAACGCUUCCUGUACCAUGGCGGAUCCAACCUGUGGAACCUACCAUACUUCCUUUAAUUUGAUUCAUGGAAUGCUUUUGCAACUAAGUUCUCUUCUGGAUGCAAACUGUAGAAACCUGGCUGAUGUUGCAAAGAAAGAAAAGAUUCUUGGAGAGUUGAUAGAAGUUCUUUCUACACGUUCAUGGAUUGCAAACCCCAAAUGGUGUCCUUGUCCCAUCCUUAAUGCUUCUUUUGUAAGAGUGAUUGAUCACAUUCUCAGUAUUGCGAGAUCAGGCAACAUGAGUAAAGAUUUCUGCACUAUACGUGAUCUGCUGUUGGAGCUAUCUACAAAUUGCUUAGACGUUGAAGAUUCUUAUGGACUUUCAUAUUAUGAUCCAACUAUAGCAGAACUUCGUGAACAGGCAGCUAUUUCCUACUUCAGCUGUGUGCUGCAGGUAUCUAAAGAAGAAGAAGAAGAAGAAGAGGUGCUUCAGAUGCCACACUUGCAUGUGUCACCUGAAUCAAAGUUGUUGAACCUACCUGAAACAGACAUUUUUACAGGACUGCAGGAAAGGCUGAUUCGUUCCUUGUCAGAUUCAUCAUAUGAAGUUCGACUUGCAACAUUGAAGUGGCUGCUGAAAUUUCUGAAGUCAGUGGAAUCUAGCAGUGAGACUAAAACUAUUCAGCAGUGGACAAGUUCAAGCCUCCAGGAAACCAUGUUGAAACUCUUGGACUCUGAGAAGAAUCAUAGAUGCAUGAAUUACAUUCUCAGGAUUCUCUAUGUAUGGAACUUGCUGCAGUUUAAGAAACUUGGUGAUGAAAAAUGUGCUGACACUAGUUACAUUGGUACGUUGGAUUUUGAUUCCAUGUUUCAGUUUUGGGAUAAGCUGAUAUCUUUAUACAAACUUGCAAGACAUACAAAGACUCGAGAGAUGAUCAUCUGCUGCAUGGCUAUAUGUGUGAAACAAUAUGCAAGUUCAUUAACUAGUUAUGUUCUUGCCUGUGUGGAGAACCCUGCUGGAUGUUGCAAAUCAGAUGAACUGGAAAGAUCAGCCCUCUUGUACAAAUGUAUUAGCUUUUUUGUUAAUGUGGUUAAAGAACAUAGUUCUGCAUCUGAGCCAGUGAACAUGCGCAAGGCAGCUGCUGAAUCUAUAAUUGCAUCUGGUUUGCUGGAACAAGCUGAACUUAUUGGUUCUUCAGUGUAUAAUGGGGGAUUCCCCUUCAAAAUUGGAAAUGUCAAUUUUGAACCUAAAGAAGCUAUUAAUAUGUAUGCUAGUCAGGUGCUGGAUAUAUGGUUUAUGUGCAUCAAGUUAUUGGAGGACGAAGAUGAUGGGGUAAGACAAAUGCUUGCUGUGAAUGUGCAGAAAUGCUUUUCUUUGAAAAGAUCAAGUAGCAGCUCUAAUGCUGGAGAGGUUCCAACCCAAGUGGAGAGAGUGAUUGAAUUGAGUUUUGAGCAUCUAUCUUCUAUCUUUGGUCACUGGAUUAAUUACUUUGAUUAUCUUUCAAAUUGGAUACUCAAAGCAGCAAAUUAUGUGGUAUCAAAAGGAGAUCUUGUAAGGCGAGUCUUUGACAAGGAAAUUGAUAAUCAUCAUGAAGAGAAGCUGCUAAUUUGUCAAAUUUGUUGUUCCCAUUUGGAGAAGCUUCCAGUUUUAAAGUUGUUGUCAGCUCCAGCGGCAAUCAAACAAGAAUUCAAGAAAUUCUUAGACAGCUGGAGAAUGAAAUUUCAUAAUCAGUUGAUAUCAUUUGCUCAAGUACAUGUUGAGAAACUUGGAGUUGAUUGGAUAGGUGGUAUUGGUAACCACAAAGAUGCAUUUUUACCUCUAUAUGCAAAUUUGCUUGGCUUUUAUGCUCUCUCAAACUGCAGUUUCAAUGGGAAAGUUGAGGAUGAUACGACUCUACUUGCCGAUGUUGUUGAACUUGGUAAAAUUAUCAAUCCCUUUUUUAGGAAUCCUUUGAUUUCUAACCUGUAUUUGUUAGUUGUGAAAUCAUACGAGAAAAAGGUCGGUGCAACUUCUGACCACCCGAUUUACAAGUCGAUGGAUGAAUCAGCCUGGAACGGUUUUGAUCCUUAUUUUCUUCUUAGGUAAAGUCAAAUUUGUACAAUAGCUUCAUAGUUCAUAUUAAGUGGUUCUAAAUGAUCAAGGCCAGGCUACAAUAUCCUACUCGGUUCAAUGUAUCAUAAUUUUUGCUACGCUUGUUAAAGCUUAUUUGUAGUAACUUCCAACUUUUUCUUAGUUUUCUGCAGCUUUAUGUGUUUCUGCAGCUUCUCUGCUGCUCACAGGUGGAUUGAAUGUUAAUAUGGAUGCUAAAGUUUUAAUUGAUACAGGAAGUUUUUACUUUUUUGGA